AUGUCAGCUAUUGUUAUUCCUACUACCAAGCACUCUCUUGAGGAGCUCAAUCGUGAGUCCCAAAUGGGUCGCAUUGGAACUGAAGACCGAGAGCGCGAGGUACGCCAAAUCAGCCUCAAGAAUUUCGAAUCGCGUCGGGCUGAGAUUACCCAGCAUCUAUGGUCUGCUGCUACCGAUAUUGGUUUUUUCCAGCUCGUUGACCAUGGAAUUGACAUGGACGAAGUGAACCACGCAUUCGAAAUGUCGGCAAAGUUCUUUGCCUUGCCCAAAGACGUCAAGUCCAAGUUCUCCUUGAAGACGGGCCAGAACGCCGGCUGGGAGUACAUGAGCCAGGUCAGGCCCUCCACUGGAACUGCCGAUCAAAAGGAGUCGUAUCAGUUCACUCGUCCUCGAAUGGAGGGCCUGUGGCCGAGUGAGGACGAGAUUGCCGGCUUUAAGGCUACCCUUGAGGAUUUUGAGCACAAAUGCUAUGAGACUGCUAUGUUUGUGUUGAGCUGCUUUGCAGACAAGCUUGGUUUGGACCGUGAUUUUUUCACCCAGGCUCACGAUCCCACCAGCCCCACCUAUCAGAGCACUCUGCGUCUUAUUCACUAUUAUCCUCUUCCUGACGAGAUGUUGGACGAGGAAAACGUUUGGAGAGCCGGUGCUCAUACUGACUUUGACGCGUUGACUCUUUUAUUCCAACGCAAAGGCCAGGGUGGGCUCCAGGUGCUUCCUGGUGCCGAAGCUCAGACUCACGCGUGGACACCUGUUCCUCCCCUAGAGGAUGCAAUCACCUGCAACAUUGGUGACAUGCUCAUGAGAUGGUCGGACGAUGCUUUACCGUCUAAUUUCCAUCGGGUUCGCGCCCCUCACCGGGGUGAAUACAGUGGUCCCCGCUACAGUAUUGCCUACUUUGCUCAGGCCAACACUGACGUAUUGAUCACUAGCGCCUCAGGCAAGUAUCCUUCUAUUACUGCUGCAGAUUACUUGGCUCAGCGUAUCGCUGCUAACUUUGCCGAAUGA